UUUUAAGGAAGGAAUGAGAAGGGGAAGGGGAAAAGGAAGGAAGCUUAGGGAAGGCACCCCUGCGUCCCGCCGGGCCGGCCCUGCUCUCCCCGCCUCCCUGAGGCGCGGCCUGGCCCGGCCUGCUGCGACAGCGGCGGCGGCGGCGGGGAGGCCGGGCGGCUCCAUGGCUUUCAUCCGCAGGCGGCGGCUGGAGCGGGAGCUUUACUCCAAGGAGAGGUUUUCACUGCUGCUUCUUAACCUGGAAGAAUACUACUUUGAACAGCACACAGCUAAUCAUGUCAUAAAUAAAGGUUGCAGGGAUGAAAGAAAAAUCAGAGGUUCUCUAAAAAUCUGUUCAAAAUCAAUCAUUUUUGAACCUGAUGAAAAUAUCCAACCCAUUAUCAAGAUACCACUGAGAGACUGCAUUAGUAUAAAAGCCCCAGAAGACAAUGAAGCAAAUAAUCCUUUCACUCGGGAAACAUCCGGAGGGAUUUCUGUUGUAUGUAAUCAGGCUUUUCUCAUUAAAGAAAGAAACAUUAUUGCACCCUAUAAAACAGUCAGAGGUACCACGGAACACUUAUUCCAACUGGACGUGGCUGGGAAAGUAGGAGAUGUAGUGCAAACUCUACAUCAGCUCUACAGGGCUUCUUGUCUAGAUAAGAUGGGAGAUCAAGCUGCCAUGAUAACUGCUAUACUGCAAUCCCGUUUGGCUAGAACUUCAUUUGAUAAAAACAGAUUUCAAAGCAUUUCUGAAACGCUGAAUAUGGAAUGUAAAGCAGAAAUGGUGACACCACUGGUGACUAAUCCAGGGCAUGUGUGUGUUACUGAUGCUAACUUGUACUUCCAGCCACUUAAUGGAUAUCCUAAACCAGUAGUACAAAUAACACUGCAAAAUGUACGGCGCAUCUAUAAAAGAAGACAUGGUCUAAUGCCACUGGGACUUGAAGUAUUUUGCACAGAAAAUGAUCUAUGUUCUGAUAUCUACUUGAAAUUCUACAGCUGUCAAGAUCGAGAUGAGCUCUAUUUCCUUAUUGCAACAUAUCUAGAAAAUCAUAUUACAGAGCAUACAGCUGAAAGUUACAUGUUACAAUGGCAGCGAGGACAUUUAUCAAACUAUGAGUAUCUUCUUCAUCUCAACAAUCUGGCUGAUAGGAGCUGCAAUGAUCUCUCCCAGUAUCCUGUAUUUCCCUGGAUCAUAGCAGACUACUCUAGUUCAGUAUUAGACCUAACAAAGCCUGAAACAUUCCGUGAUCUUAGUAAACCAAUCGGUGCCCUGAAUAAGGAAAGGCUGGAUAGAUUACUGACACGUUAUCAGGAAAUGCCAGAACCUAAGUUCAUGUAUGGGAGCCACUAUUCAUCUCCGGGUUAUGUUUUAUUUUAUCUUGUUAGAGUUGCUCCAGAACAUAUGCUCUGUCUGCAGAAUGGAAAGUUUGAUCAUGCUGACAGAACGUUUAACAGUCUUGCAGAAACCUGGAAAAAUUGUUUGGAUGGUGCGACAGAUUUCAAAGAGUUGAUUCCAGAAUUUUAUGAAAAUGAUUCUAGUUUUCUAGUAAACAGUUUGAAGUUGGACUUGGGAAAAAGACAAGGUGGAAAGACGGUUGAAGAUGUAGAGCUUCCGCCUUGGGCAUCAGGUCCUGACGAUUUUCUUCAGAAGAGCCGAGAGGCUUUAGAGAGUCAGUAUGUAUCAGAACAUCUUCAUGAAUGGAUUGACAUUGUAUUUGGCUACAAGCAGAAGGGAACUGAAGCAGUUGCAGCUCACAAUGUGUUUCACCCAUUAACGUAUGAAGGAGGAGUGGAUUUAAACAGUAUUUUGGACCCUAAUGAAAAAGUAGCUCUGCUGACACAAAUCUUGGAGUUUGGACAGACGCCAAAACAGUUGUUUACGAUUCCUCAUCCCCAACGGAUAUUAUCGAAAAGCUCCUCUCGAACAUCUUUUCACAGUGUUUCCAUAACUGAGUCUCCAGUUUCUCUGAAUGAAGAAUCAUUUGAAGAUUUGACAGAAGAAAGUAUAACACUUGCUUGGAAUAAUAUUGCCAAACUAAAAUUAGAUGAGCAAUAUAAAAUUCACAAAGAGGCAAUUACUGGAAUAGCAGUCACAAGCAAUGGGUCUUCUGUUUUCACUACAUCCCAAGAUUCAACUUUGAAGAUGUUUUCCAAAGAAUCAAAAACACUCCAAAGAAGUGUGUCCUUUUCAAACAUGGCCUUGUCAUCUUGUCUAAUCUUACCAGGAGAUACCACUGUCAUAAGUUCUUCAUGGGACAAUCAUAUAUAUUUUUAUUCAAUUGCAUUUGGAAGACGUCAAGACAUCUUAAUGGGACAUGAUGAUGCUGUCAGUAAGAUUUGUUGGCGUGAUGGGCGUUUAUAUUCUGCGUCUUGGGAUUCCACUGUGAAGGUGUGGCACUGUGUUCCUGGAGAGACAUUGAGCAAUAAGAAACACCACUUUGAACUCCUUGCAGAGUUAGAACACGAUGUUAGUGUAAAUACAAUCGACCUUAAUGCUGCAAAUACCGUACUGGCAUCUGGAACCAAAGAGGGUACCAUUAGUAUUUGGGAUGUUACUACAGCAACAAUGUUGCACCAGUUGCCAUGUCAUUCUGGGACUGUGUUUGAUGCUGCUUUUAGUCCCGACAGCAGACAUCUACUCAGUGCAGGAGAAGACUGUUGUUUUAAAGUGAUUGACGUGCAGACUGGAAUGCUCAUAUCUUCUGUAACUGCUGACGAGCCACAGAGGUGUUUCAAAUGGGAUGGAAAUACCAUCUUAUCAGGAAGUCAGUCUGGUGAAUUACUGAUUUGGGACCUUCUUGGUGGAAAAGUUACUGAAAGAAUCAGAGGACAUACAGGUGGUGUAAUGUCUAUGUGGAUGAAUGAACAAUGUAACAGUGUUAUUACAGGAGGGGAAGACAAACAAAUCAUGUUCUGGAAACUGCAAUACUAAGUGCCUUUCCCUCCAGACAUUUAAACGAACUCUUUAUUUUUAAACCAAACCUUUUAAAGGAACUUAACUGUGUGCAAUGAUGGCUGCUGAAGUUCAACCAGAUAGGAAGCUCUGUUCAACUACAACUUUCUAGAUUUUGGUGACUUCACUGAGAGCUCUUAACUUCCACAGUGUAUGCAUUUAUUUUUCAUGGACUAUCAUUGAAAGUGCUUGUCUAAAGUGAUAUGAGAUUACAUUAAAGACCUAUUUUUCUGUAAUUAAAGAUCUCUUAACUGGCA